AUGACAGUUGUUCUCAGCGGCCCGUCCUUUGCCGAGACGGUCCUGAGCCGUGCACGUGGAAAAGACUGGGAGGGCGCCCUGGGACUGGUGGUGCGGGCUCCUUCCGACCCCAAGAUCUGCCCCAAAGUUUACAUGGCGACCAUGAAAGCUUGUGCCAAGCGCGCCAUGUGGCAGAAGGCACUGAGCUUCUUGGCAUGGCUUCCUACCCAAAGCGUGCCCUUCUGCAACGCCGCAAUCAGCGCUUGUGCUCAGGGGCACCAGUGGGAGCAGGCUGUGGAGUUUGUUGGGCACUUUGCGCAGACAUCUCACAAGCCGGAUGUCGUAACUUUCAACUCAGCCAUCAGCGCCUGUGAGAAAAGCAGCGAGUGGCAAGCUGCCUGCCAGCUCUUCGGCAAUCUUCAAGCACAGGUCUGCCAGCCUACCGUGGUCACCUACAGCUCCCUGGUUAGCGCGUGCGCGGCUGGUGCAGAGUGGCACCGAGGACUGGAACUGUUCCGAGAACAUCAGGCCCUAUCCCUGCAAGCCAACGUGAUCCUGUACAGCACUGCCGUAAGUGCAUGUGAGAAGGGCGCGCAAUGGCAGCAGGCCCUUCACACCCUUUGGGACACACAGCUGCAGGGCUUGAGACUGGAUGUGAUCAUCGGCAGUGCAGCUGUAAGCGCCUGUGAGAAGGCCGGAAAUUGGCAAAUUGCCUGGCUCCUUCUGCUGGAGCUUCAGGCGACCUUUGUUCCCCCAAACCUGGUCACUUACAAUGCAGUGCUGAGCGCAUGUGAGAGGGGAGAGCAAUGGCAAAUGGUCCUUCAAAUUCUGGAAGAGAUGGGACAACAAACGAUGCUGCCCGAUUCGUUCACGUACAGCUCCAGCAUCAGCGCCUGUGGGAAGUCUGAGCAUUGGCAGCUGGCUUUGGACCUACUCCGCCGCGCCGAAGCGAAGAAAGCGAGCCUUAAUGUAGUGGCGUACAGCGCCGCUGUAAGCGCCUUUGAGAAGGCAAAGGAGUGGGAGCUGGCUAUUGCACUUGUCGAGGAAAUCCGAGUAAAGGGGAUGCAAGUUGAUGUGGUGCUGCUAAGUGCCGCCAUCAGCGCAUGUGAGAAAGGCGAGAAGUGGUGGCUUGCUCUGGAUUUGUUCGACUCUUCACAGGCAAACCUGAUCACAUACACUGCUACCAUCAGCGCCUGCGAGAAAGGGGGUCAGUGGCGAAAGGUUUUUCAACUGCUGUUCCAGAUGUCAGAUUCAGACAUCCGUGCCAACACCAUCACCUACAAUGCGGCCAUCAGCUCUUGCAGGAGGGAGUGGCAGUGGCAGAGGGCCUUCAUCCUUUUGGAGGAGCUCUCCAGCCGAGAACUUCAGGCCGAUGGUGUCACUUUCUACGCCGCCCUGGCCGUUUGCCAGGCGGCCGCCGCCUGGGCGCCGGCCAUGCAGCAGCCGCUGCAUUUGUGA